GCUAAGCUCGGGUCCCUCCACAAACACGGCGUCUCGCAGGGGUGGAGCACGCACUCUUUUCGGCACAACCGAUCCCACUCGCCCCCCCCGCCCAAAAAAAACAACAAAAAGCGUGUCCGGUAGCGAAGAGACCGGAGAGGAGGCGGCAGGAUGACGAGCUGUGGCCGGAAAGUUUGUCCUGAAAGCGGGGAGGUUCGCUGCUCGGACCCGCGGCUUCUUCACACGGCUGGCUGGAGGUUCGAGAUCUAUAAAUGGCUAUGAUCCGAAAUGGCUUCCCAGUUGGCUACAAUGCUGGCAAGAGGCAGUCCGGAGGUCCAAAAUGGUGGCCGGUGUGCAGAACCACCCGAGGCUGUCACAGAGGACUCAAAGGGUACCCUCCGGUCCUUGUGUCUGGUCGACCGGGAUGCUCCAUCAAUCAACGGAGAGGUGGGGGGGACUCGCGCACCAGCCUCCCAGCAACCGAGUGACGAGCCGAGGCAGCCGAUCAGAGCCAAAAUGGUGGUUGCCCACCCUGCCGCCACCCUGACCAAAGACUCCACGCCUUCCCGUUUAGAAACAAACCAAAUAUAUGUAGUGAAGACUGAGGAGGAGGAGGUGGAUGCUGAAACCCUCCUCUCGGACUGGUCAGAAGUCAAUGGAGUUAAAUUGCAGAGUUAUCUACAGGAUGGACCCCGGGGGGAGGAACAGAGCGAGCCCCUUGACCUAAGUCUACCCAAGAGGCAAGACAACCGAGAGACCAGAUACGGACGCUUUCUGGACCCUUGUGAGAGCUCUCUGAUUAUGGAAGUGGACGAAUACGACGGAGAGGGCGACAGAGACGUGGUGGAGGAGGACGACUUUUUCACCACCUUCACCUCAACGGACCCCCGGACCAAGGAUCUUCUCCUCAUAGACGACCAGGGCAUCCCGUAUACUCUCAGCCCGGAAGGACUCAGGGUGCCGCAGGUGGACGCCUCCACGUCGUCCCAGGUCCUUCAGACGGAGAGUGAAGUGUCCUCACGGGCGAACCUCAGCCAGAAUUUAGACGAUGCACUUACCGGUCGCCUGAUCCCUUUGCCGGUUGUGGAUUCUCCGCCCUCGGACGCCUUGCCACCGGAGCCUAGUCAAGCCAUCCAGAUCCUGAGCAGCCGCGCACAGGGCGCACCGAUUCUCCUGUCCUCGGCUCCACUCAGUCUGUCUCUUCCGCCCGGUGCUUCUGCCCCCAUGUUCCUCCUCUUGUCCACAAGUGACUCUGCCUCCACCCCUAUCGCUGUCCUUGACCCCGCCACCGGCCAGUUGUCCCAGAUCACCGCCCCUGUCUCCCUCCCUCUGUUGUCCCAUCCUGUCACGGGCAGUGCCCCUGACCUCGCCACUUCGUUUAGUCCGACUAACUCUUAUGGAAGUGAAGCCAUAUCUGCUGAGCAGGUCUCAAACCACGACGACAAGCCAUUGACGAGUUCGACCCCCAAUCCCACAGACGCCCAAUCCCCCGCGCCCGCACCGGACUCGGAGCACUUACCUCUUGACGACCACCUUUACUUUUCCAGCGCCGCCGCUCCCCCGUCGCCGCCCAAACUGGAGCCCCUGGAUCCCCUGGACCCACUGGACCCCAUCUCCGCCGCCGAGUCGCCCGGUGACCCGUCUGCCCGCCGGGUGCUGUACUGCCAGCUGUGCCCGAGGGUCUUCUUUUACCUCUCCGACCUGGAGCGCCAUCGCAUCACGCACUCGCAGAAGAAGCCGCACGUUUGCCAGCAGUGCGGCAAAGCCUUCAAGCGCUCCAGCCAUCUGCAGAGACACAAGCACAUCCACACGGGCCAGAGGAACUUCGUGUGCCACAUCUGCACCAAGCGCUUCAGGGAGGCGGGCGAGCUCCAGCGCCACCAGCGGGUCCACACGGGGGAGAAACCCUACCAGUGUCAGCUCUGCCACACGCGCUUCGCCGAGCGCAACACGCUGCGCCGCCACACCAAGCGCAAGCACCCGUACCACCAGGCGGCGGUGGAAAUGCUCCAGGGGAGGAGCGGCGAGGCGGAGGAGGAGCCGGCGGAGUGGUACUCCUCCACCGUGUCGCACCCGGACAACUCCGGGUCGGAGGCGGAGCCCUGAAGAAGGAUGUGGCGUACAAAGACGGGAGCACUUGCAAUAUUUGAAUGUCAUUCUUUGACCUUUGAAACAUUCCCAACCAAUCAAUGACCUUCAAGCGCUUCAAUGUUUGCACUUCUGACUUCCUUCCUUCAAACACUGUGAGAGGUUUGCACUUGAAGGAAAACACCAUUCACUUUUUUAUCUUUGCUUUCAUCUAUUUAAUAUUUAAAAUAUAUUCUGUGCAGCACCUUAAAUUAUUUUCAUUAAACUUUGAC